AUGCCUCAGGAGGUUUCCUACAUUAAUCUUCAUGUUGUUAUUUCUCAGAGCCAUGACUGUAGAACGUUCCAUGACAUUAAACUACUGCUCCUUUUUCGUAAACCAGCUCAGAUACUCUGCUGGGAACAGACAGUGAUCCAACUGGAACCAGAGGACCCAUCCUUCUCCAUUCCGCUGCCCAUAAUACUAGAACACCUGGAUCCAGAAACCCUCCCAUACUCUCUCUGCACUGUCACAGGUGUGGUUGUAGCAGUGGAUGAAAGCACAGCGUUCUCCUGGCCCACUUGCAGCCGCUGCGAGAGCUGCCGUUUAGCGACUCGAGAACAACAAAAAGGAUUCGUCUGUUUAGCAUGUGGAGCAGUGAUGGAUGAACCCAUCGUAAAGAUGCAGCUGGAGGUGUUUCUGAGCUGCUCCUCACUGAGCCACUGUACCAUUAAAAUCAAGGGUUACAGUGUGGAAAAUGUUCUUGGGUCGGAGAUCGGUCCUCUCAGCGUCUUCGUCCACGUCGUCAACAGAAGUCACACUGUUUGGAUGGGUUUGGAGGAGUUUGACCUCCACUGUCUAGCACACUUAUCUGCUCAUUUUAUUGUUUAAAUAGAAUAAUUAGUCAACACUGGUCUUGCCUUAUU